AUGAAGAAAAAGGGAUCAUUUAACAUUUAUCCAACUGAUAAGGAGAAGAAUCUGUUUUAUCUGCUGUGCCAAGUUAUUCCUCAUUUUAAUCUUGAAACCCAGCUUCGUGUUGCUGGUGGGUGGGUGAGGGACAAACUCUUAGGGCAAGAGUGCAAUGACAUCGAUAUUGCCAUUGAUAACAUGUUAGGGCAUGACUUUUGUAUGAAGGUGAACGAAUAUUUGGCUUCUACAGGAGAAGAAAGAAAAGAAUUCAUUGAGAUUCGAAGCAAUCCAGACAAAUCCAAGCAUUUGGAAACAGCAAGAAUGCGUAUCUGGAUUGAUUUUGUCAACUUGAUUACACCCAAUUCCAAAACAGCAGAAUUCCAAGUAUGCGAUUUGGUUCUGCAGAAGAGGAUGCAUAUCGAAGGGAUCUUACCAUUAAUAGCUUGUUUUAUAACAUCCAUACAUGUGAAGUUGAAGAUUUCACAGGAAGAGGAUUAG